AAAAACUCAAAUCCAAGGUCUCUCUUAGCAAGAAACCCAUAAGCACUCUCUCUCUCUCUCUCUCUCUCUCUCUCUCAUUAAUUGAACGGUCUUCCUUUUCACUCUUAGCAUCCAUCAUGGCGGACCCUUCUAGACCCGCUACUGGCUACCCUGUUCACCCGGCCCAACAUCCCAACGGCUACCCUCCGCCGCAAUCUGCCACAGCCUAUGCACCGCCGCCGCCCAAUAACCCAUACUAUUACAAUCAACCGCCAGCAUAUCCCAACCCACGCGCCGCCCUAAUCCGCCGCUUAAUUGCAGCUCUUAUUGCCGUCACCGUCCUAUUCUUAACCAUUCUCUUCAUAUGCUGGCUCGUCAUCCAGCCCCACCGCCCCGAAUUUCAUGUAACGUCUUUUUCUGUCACCAACUUGAACGUAUCCACAUCCUCGCAGAGACUGACAGGCAACUGGAACGCCCGCUUCCAGGUUUAUAACCCGAACAAGAAACUGAAAAUCUCCUACGAUGAAAUUAUGUCCUCGAUUCUUUACAAAUCGGAGAUUUUAUCCCAGACACGAAUCCCACCCUUCAAACAGGACACCAAGAAUCAUACUACCAUGGAUGCAGAGUUCUCGGUGGUGGAUUCUUACGUGGACGAGCGGGUGGUGAAUGGUAUCAACGGGGACAGGGCAAACGGUGCUGUGGGUUUCGAGGUGCGGGUGGUGGCUGAUGUUGGAUUUAAGGUAGGUGGGUUCAGAGCGCGGCGGCGUUUGCUAAGAGUUUGGUGCGACAAUGUGUCCAUUGGACUUUCGGCUAAUGGUAGAUCGGGGAACUUGACUGGGGGAGCAAGGAAAUGCAAGGUUUUUGCGUGAGUAAAAUUUGGAGCCGUUAGUUUGAUCCUGUUAUCUUGCUGACUAACUUGAAGUAUAAUUUCAUUUCGAGAAAAGGAUAAAAUAAUAUCUUCUGAUGCUGGUAACCGAUGAGUGUAGCUGUACAUGAAUUUAGGCUUUUGAAGCUAGUGAACUCUACUUUUAUUGUUGUAUAGUGUUUUUAAUUGAUGGUAAUUUGAUUUAUGCAGUUUAAUUGCAUAUGCUGUUUCUAAAA